UCACAAGUGUGCGUACACAAUACACAUCUGCUGAAAAUCUAGCUUUCACCCACUCACACACACUAUUUUAGUAUUUUUCUUCUUGUCUUCCCCAAAAAACAGAACAACUCUGUUUCUCAUCUUUACGAAAAAAAUAUAUACACUUCUUCGAAUCUCCACAUCUACACAAUUAGUAACAGAGAGCGGAAGAGGAAGUAGAGAGAGAGAGAGGAGAUGGCGGGAAAAUACUUUCAGAGAGAGGUGUUGCCCGUAAUGGCGCUGGUGAUAAUGGAAUGUGCCAACGUUGGUUUAAACACUCUGUUCAAGGCAGCGACCUUGCAAGGCAUGAGCUUCCAUGUCUUCAUCGUUUACUCUUACGGUCUUGCUGCUCUUCUUCUCCUUCCUUCUAUUUUCUUCUCCUCCAGAUCAAGAACUCUUCCACCGAUGAAUUUCUCAAUUCUCUACAAAAUCUUGGUUCUAGGGUUAAUUGGAUGCUGCUCAAACAUAAUGGGGUACACAGGAAUUAAUUAUAGCUCUCCAACACUUGCUUCUGCGAUCAGCAACCUCACUCCUGCGUUUACCUUCUUGCUCGCCAUCCUUUUCAGGAUGGAGAGUGUAUCUUUCAAGAGAACAAGUAGUGUGGCUAAAAUGUUAGGAACUGUAGUUUCCAUUGGAGGAGCAUUUAUAGUGACUCUUUACAAUGGACCUGUGGUGAUCUCUAUGUCACCACCGUCUGUAUCUUUGAGAUCACAGUCCACAAACCAUAAUUGGAUCAUUGGCGCUGCGUUCCUUUCCGUCGAGUAUUUCAUGGUUCCUUUGUGGUACAUUGUUCAGACUCAAAUCAUGAGAGAGUAUCCAUCCGAGUUCACCGUUGUUUGUUACUAUAGCUUAGGCGUGAGCUUUUGGACCGGGCUUGUCACAUUGUUCACUGAAGGGAGUGACUUGAAUGCAUGGAAGAUAAAACCAAAUGUAGCCUUAGUGUCAAUCGUUUGCUCGGGAGUUUUUGGAUCUUGCAUAAACAAUACAAUCCAUACGUGGGCGUUGCGGAUCAAGGGGCCUUUAUUUGUUGCAAUGUUCAAGCCUCUGUCGAUUGCUAUUGCCGUUGCAAUGGGUGUGAUCUUCCUCCAUGAUUCUCUCUACAUUGGCAGCUUGAUCGGGGCAACGGUAAUAACGACCGGUUUUUACACUGUGAUGUGGGGGAAAGCUAAGGAAGCGGCCAUGGUCGAAGAUGACAACAAGGCUAACAACGAGGAUGCCACCAACGAAGCUGACCUUGAUUCUCCAUUAGCUUCACAGAAGGCUCCUCUCUUGGAAAGUUACAAGAACGACGAGCAUGUCUAAGUAUUAUCUACUAGUCACGAUAGUUCUCUAUACAUAUGCGUAUGUGAAUGUGGACGUCUUUAUAAUUUAUUUUAAGACGCAAAUGUGAUAUUUAAUUUUAGGAAUCAAGUCUAAUUAACGUA